UGCCAUCGCGCGUCGACGUCACUUUUAGGCCCAGAAUGAAUGACAAGUGGAGGACCGGACAGUCGUUCGAGGCAUUCCCGACGAACGCCCCGAGAAAGAUGAAACCAGAUUACGCUGACAAUUUUCUGUAUAUUCAGUAUCUGGUUAGCCGGGCUGUCAUCACGAACUGGGACUCAAAAGCAGGAGAGUUUUUCGACCACUUCGACGUUAAGGUUAAGCGCAUGCCCUACCCAGCGUACACGGCCGAUUCCAAGUCGAUAGGGAUUCUCCGGAAUGUGUUCGCGACUUUCAUCGUGCUCAGUCUGUUGAUGACAUUUGUGCAGACAACGAGGGAGCUGGUCCAUGAGAAAGAGACCAGGCUGAAGGAAACGAUGAAGUUAAUGGGCAUGCUGUCCGCCGCUCAUUGGACCGCGUGGAUUCUGACGUCAUUACUUAAGUUCGUCAUCAUUACGUUGGUCUACGUCACUUUCAUGAAAAUCGGCUUCACCGAAGGCGGGGCAGUCCUUGCCGAAACUGACGCGUCAGUCUUCCUGAUGUUCAUGUUCUGCUACGGAAUAGCGAUGACGUCGUUCGCCUGCAUGAUCAGUGUGUUUGUCCAGAAAGCUGACAUUGGCGCGGCCGUGGCAGCGGUUUUAUAUUUUGCUACUUACGUCCCUUGGUUUAUGAUCAACGAGUCCUACUUGACGAUUCCACGCUUAGACAAACUGGCCAUGUGUCUCGAUUUCAACCUGGCCUUCACCUUAGGGCUUGUCCCAUUGUCGAUGCACGAGGCAGCUGGCGUUGGGGCGCAGUGGAGCAACAUUGCAGACCCAGCGUCCGUUGAUGACAACUUCUGCAUGUUGGACGCCAUGCUGAUGAUGCUGCUCGACAGCGCCAUCUACUUGCUGAUCACGUGGUAUGUGGACAACGUGAACCCGGGAGACUUUGGAGUCGCGCGCUCUUGGUACUUCCCGUGCAUGCCCAGUUAUUGGUGCAAUAGCCGUAAGUCCAGCAAGUGUGUUCAUAUCGCUGAAGACAAACAUAAUCCGAAAUAUUUCGAGGCUGAGCCAGCCGGACUGACAGCAGGGAUUCGCAUCAACCAUCUGACCAAAGUUUUUGGACGUGAAAAGGUUAAGGCUGUGGAUGACUUGAGCCUCAAUAUUUACUCUGAUCAAAUCACCGCCCUGCUAGGUCCUAAUGGCGCAGGGAAAACAACGAUUAUGUCGUUACUAACAGGUUUCUAUCCGCCGACGUCUGGCACGGCGUAUAUCAACGGAUUCGACAUCCACACCGACAUCCGCAACAUUCGGCGUGACCUCGGCCUGUGUCCGCAACAGAGCGUCCUCUUCGACAACCUCACCGUCUUCGAACAUCUACAGUUCUUCGCUUCGCUAAAAGGAAUGUCGAGUAAGCUAUCAAAAGCUGAAGCGAUGAAAAUGCUCAGCGAGUUGGAAUUUCGCUUCAAGAAGGACGAACUCUCCAAAUUUCUUUCUGGUGGAAUGAAAAGAAAAUUGGCAGUCGGAAUCGCGUUUGUUGCGGGAUCGAAGAUUUUGAUUAUGGACGAACCCACGGCAGGGAUGGACCCGGCUGCUAGACGCCAGAUUUGGACAAUGCUGCAGAACAACAAGCCAGGCCGGACGAUCAUUCUAUCCACCCACUUCAUGGACGAGGCGGACCUGUUAGGAGACCGCAUCGCCAUCAUGGUCAAGGGCAACGUCAAGUGCUGUGGCACGUCCAUGUUCCUCAAGAAACUCUACGGGACUGGCUACCAUUUGAUAGUGGAGAAGGACUCUGACAACAUGGUCACAGACCUGACCAAGGAGAUCCAGAGACUCAUCCCGUCAGCGCGGCUGGAGAACGAGCGUCCGACCGAGCUGUCCUAUCUCCUGCCAAUAGACCAGUCCCACAAGUUCGUCGACCUCUUCAACGCCAUCGAGGCCAGCAAGGAAAGGCUCGGCGUCGUCAGCUACGGUGCUACGGCAACCACGAUGGAGGAAGUGUUCAUCAAAGUUGGUAAUGAUUCCAUGGAGACACAGGACGUCGGUACUGGGUCUCCAACAGACGAGACCUCCGUUAAGUUGACAGGCGGUCUGGAGCAAAGUGCCGAGGACGCCAUUCACGCACUUACCACCAUUCAUCGGAAGAGAGGCAUUGGUCUGGAAUUGUCCCGGUUCAAGGCUCUGUUCAUAAAGAAGGCGAUCUACACGAAGAGGAACAUAACCAUGGCUCUCUUCCAGGUCGGCCUGCCCAUCGUCUUCGCCAUCCUCGCAAUGCUUUCCGACACGGCGAAAACAGACAGACAGAAAUUCCCACCACUCAAACUGGACCUGUCGCCGUUCGGCAAGACCGUGGUCCCGUAUACGGCCGGUGCAGGCAGCUCGGUGACAACCAUGUCCCUGGCUGGGCAAUACAGCAACCUGGUUUCGAGAGACCACGAACCGGACCGCAUCGAGAGGAAUGUGUUCAAAAACGUUUCAGAGUACUUCAUCCACAAGGCGGAAGAAAUGGACCUGGCUGUGUUCAACAAGCGUGUCAUGAUCGGGGCAGAAUUCGGCAGCAGCAGCAGCAGCAGUGAUGGUGGUGAUGAUGAGGAUUCGGGAGCGUACGGGACGGCGUAUUACAACGGGCAGGCGCUGCACACCCAGCCGAUCUCCCUAGCGUAUCUGAUGAACAGCAUUGCUGCGUUCCUGAUGAAGGGUCCCGGACACGCGAUCUCGGCGCACAUUCACCCGCUUCCGCUCAGUGAGCAGGAGGACUUGAAUCCUCUGUUCGGGGCGGCCAUGCUCAAAGGAAUAAGCCUGGCGUGCGUCCUCUUGUUCGGGAUGUGCUUCCUGACGACGAGCGUAGUGUACUUCCUGAUCGAGGAGCGCCAGCAGGGAUCCAAGCACCUGCAGAAGGUGAGCGGGGUCGGACCGUUCGUGUUCUGGGCGUCGCACCUCGCCUGGGACUAUCUCGUCUACGCCGGGACCAGCGCCGUCGUGCUCGUCGUGUUCGUGGCGUUCCAGGCCGACGUGUACUCGGAGUCCGCCAGCGCCUUCGGCGCGCUCGUCGUCGUCUUCCUCGCCCACGGGUGGGCGGUGCUGGCUCAGAUGUACCUGCUGCAGUUCGCCUUCCAGUCCCCGGCAUCCGGGAUGUCCCAUUGUCUGACUCUCAGCAUUAUCGUCGGCCUGUUCACGCUGUUGUGUUCGUUGUUAAUGACGAUACUGUCCGACGAGCCGACCCUGUUGAUGCAGGUCAUCGACGUCGUGACCCUCUUGCUCGUGCCGCAGUUCGCGUUUGGCAAGUCCCUCAUUGAUCUCCGGCUCAAUCUCAAGACCCUGGACUUCUGCAACGGAAUGGACUACAGGCGUCUCUGUCCACAGCUGAGACUUCCGUGCUGCAAGGGUAACUGCGACUUCUGUUUCUCCUUCACCGAGAACGCCUUUGACUUGGAAUCUCCGGGGCUUGGAAAGCCCCUGUUGGCCAUGAUCCUGCAUGGUUUCGUUGGCUUCGCGCUGUGUCUGAUCCUCGACUACCACUUACCUCAGCGGGUGUUCUACCGCCUGUUCCAGUCCCCUGCCAGCGUGGACAACUUGGAUGAUAGCGUGCAGCAGCAGCCGCAGCUGCAUCAUCAGUCGAAGAAGCAGAAUAAGCUGCAUCAGUACGAGGACGACGACGUGCUGGCGGAGAGGGUGCGGAUCACCACGACUCCGCUGCGUCAGUUGCAGAAGUCGGACUCCGUGCUGCUGGUGAAUCUGUCCAAGCAGUACGGCGGGCUGCUGUGCGUCGACCGGCUCUGUCUCGGGAUCAAGAAGAAGGCGUGCUUUGGACUGCUGGGACACAACGGCGCCGGGAAGACGACCACUUUCAAGAUGCUGACAGGGGACGUGAUGGCGAGCGGCGGAAACGCCUUCUUCUGGAGAUUCAGUAUUAGGAGUGAUCUGCAGCAGAUAUACCAGGACAUGGGCUACUGCCCGCAGUUCGACGCGCUCAUUGGUCAGAUGACGGGGCGUGAGACGUUGUGUAUGUACGCCAGACUCAAGGGCGUGCCAGAGAAAAAAAUAGGGAACGUGGUCGAGGUGUUGUUUCGUAUGCUGGCCUUCACACAACACGCUGACAAACAGGUCACACAUUACAGUGGCGGCAACAAGAGGAAGCUGAGCGUGGCCGUUUCGCUGGUGGGAAACCCGUCGACCAUCCUCCUUGACGAGCCGUCCACCGGAAUGGACGCCAUGGCCAAGCGACAGCUGUGGGACGCCCUGACUGAAGUCCGAAGAGCGGGGAAGACACUGAUUCUCACUACACACAGCAUGGAAGAGUGUGAGGCGCUGUGCACGCGCCUGGCCAUCAUGGUGAACGGGAGGUUCCGCUGCCUGGGCGGCGUGCAGCAGCUGAAGAACAAGUUCGGCCAGGGCUACACGCUCGUGGUGCAGCUGGGAACGAACGAGGACGGCAGCCUGGCGACGCCGGACCCGCUCGUCCACUACGUCAUCUCUGAGUUCCCGUCCGCCGUCGUGUUCGACGACCACCAGGGCUAUGUGCACUUCCACGUGGCGGACUCGCAAGUGACCGUUGCAGAGGUGUUCGAGGUGAUGGAGAGGGCGAAGGGCCAGUUCCACUUGGAGGACUACUCGGUGCAUCAGACGACCCUCGAGCAGGUCUUUCUGUCCUUCUCGCGGGAACAGACCACGCCGACGACGACGCAUGCCGUCGAGAAAACCGGCUCCGGUUCCUGUCUGAAGGAUGUGUUAUGUUGCAGAUGCUGUUGUAGGUGAAGAUGUUUUGGAGAUGCAUCGUUAAAGAUAUCGUUAUUCAGUUCAGCGAGAGGCCUUUUUUAAUAUAUAUAUAUAUAUAUAUAUAUAUAUAUACACUAACGCAUAUUUAGGGUAUCUAUUUUUUAACUGCAAACUACUCGAGAAAUAAAACAUGCUACGUUG